AUGGACAGCAUCAUAGCGGCAGAGGCUCCUGACAUUGAGGAAAGAAAACCAGGCAAACCUGUAGAUGUCCCACGUACCUUACAAACAAGGAUACUGUUCACAUCUUCUCCAAUCUGCAUCUUCGGGCUGUUAGCGAAUUUACUCAUUAUAUGGCUUUUCUGCUGUCAAAUCAAAAAGACUCAAUUAACGAUAUAUUUUUUUAAUAUGGCCAUUGCGAAUCUUAUCAUAAUCUUCUUAAAUGUUACUAUUAUUGUUACAUAUUUUACAUCCCUAACUCCCAGCUUAAAGGUUAGACGGUUAUUGCAAAUUUUGCAUGUAUGUGCAUUUGAUACCAGCUUUUUUUUUAUUGCCGUUAUUGCUGUGGAAAGAUUCGACGUCAGCGUCAACACACUUCUUAACAACUGCAGAGUUGCCAAUACAAUUGAAAUAAUCAUUGAGUUGCUCAUUUUCCUUCCCGGCAUGAUCAUAUGCACUUUUGGCCUUUGGAUCAGAAUGCAAACUCCUGUAGCAAGACUUGAUGUUACCAUUGUGGGUUUGGUUCUUCUAUUUCUUAUAAUUAAUGCACCAGUUAGAAUUAGUCAAGUCUCUGCCUCUUGGGAUUUUAGUAUAGAUAGGUAUGUGCUAGGCAAGAUUUCUCUCUUACUGGACUCUGUCAACAGUGCUGGCAACCCUCUCGUGUACAUUAUUGUUGGAUGUCGAAAGAACCAGAAGGCUAUUCAGUUUCUUGAGACCGCUCUGAAGGAUGAAGGAAAUGCAACAGAGAAAACACAAUCCAGCGAAUCAUAUGACUGA